AUGAAAACAAAACUAAACAGUAUAUCAACAGAGUUGGUGCAUCAUCAAGGUAUAGAUCAAAGAUGUCAAAUGUUUGUUGCCCUGAAGAAAGGGCAGGAAAUCAUUGAUCAUUUAAAACCAGAUGCAGAUAAACAAUGUAAAAACAAUUCCAUUCAUUAUUACAAAGUUGAAUGCAAAGCUUUUGAACAAAAUAUAACCAAUUUACAAGACUGUGGCAAAUUUUUCACCUAUCAAGAAAUACAUAAAUCUGAAGUACAAAGAACUGCAAUUAAUCACACAGAUAUUAAAUUCACAAAUGACUUUGUGCCAUCUUUAUGCUUGUUUAAAAGAGACUGCCUUCUUUUAUGUAACAAGGCACAUUCAAAACUAAUUAUAUUCAAGGAUAUGUCAGUCAGCACUUCAUCAUAUGAUACAAUAGACCUGCCACCAGGACCUUGGGCUGUUGCUAAAGUUGACAAUUACAAAGCUGUUAUCACAUUUCCUGAACUUGGAAUUAUAAGACUGAUAACAUUCUCCAAGUCUAUGACAGUGACCAACACUGAAGAUAUAAAAAUAGGAGAAUGUUGUCGUGGUGUUGCCUAUAGUAACAACAAGCUUAUAGUAUCAUACACAGAUAAACUAGCAACAGUGAAGAUAUUAGACAUGUCUGGUAAAGUAUUGAAAAUAUUUGAUAAAGAUCAGCAUGAGAAUCGUCUGUUUUCUGAUCCUUAUCACUUAACUAUCAGUGCAGACAACACAGUUAUAUAUGUAUCUGACUUGAGGAAAAACUGUGUGUUAGGUUUAACCUUUGAUGGGAAAGUCAAGGCCAUUUACAAUGAUGACCAGCUGAAUUUGCCAUAUCAAGUGACUGUUGAUAGGUCUGGAGCAGUGUUUGUAUGUGGACAUUUGUCAAACAAUAUACAUCAAUUAUCAUCUGACCUGACCAAGGUGAAGAUUCUACUGGAUAUAGAACAAGGAAUAUAUGGACCAGAAGGUGUGGCAUACUGCCAGGAUAAAAACAGAUUGUAUGUGCACAAUGGUAACAUUAAAGUGUAUGAUUUAACACUGGAAUAA